AUGUGGGCGACGGAGCACCCGUCUCGACCUGCCUCUCCUCGUCCGGUGAACAACGAAGGCGGUGUCGACGUGGGCGUCAACGCCGGUGGUGGUCAAGUCGGCAGCAGUGGUGGAGGCACGUCGAGGCAGAGAGGUGUGAUACACGCCGGUGAAGUCGGCGGCGUUCAGGCGCGAGGGAUGCAGUCGUCGGCGGCUGCAGGCUCUUCGCAGGGUGACGUCGGAGGUCGACGGAGUGGGCUGUCGCCGAUGUCGGCGUCCCAGGUGACGGCAGGCGGGAUUGCGCCGAGCUACGGCUACUUCAAGUUCACGCCGGACAGGAUCUCAAUCGCCUUAAAGUGGUGCCGGGAGUACAUCGACGCCGGCCACCGGGCGUGGCACUUCAUUGAGUCGACGUACCAGGUCACCGACGACCUGUUCAUCGCCCAGCUGGAGGGACAGCUGACGCACCUGCGUAUGGGUGACGAGGAGACAGCGACUGACUACUGCAACCGAGCUCGGCGAAUUCUCGCCACUAUCAGGAUGGCCGGCGCGCAGUACUCCACGGCGUCGUAA